GCCAUAUGCAAUGCUGUCUAGCCAAUUAUUGAAUCGUCUAAAGCGGGAGCUUGCCAUACUUGAACAUGAACCUCCUCCAGGCAUUGUAUGCUACCCAAUUGACGACGAUUGCACCCAUUUGGAAGCUCACAUUAAUGGCCCUGCCGAGAGUCCAUUUGAGAAAGGAACGUUCAAGUUGGAUAUCCAAAUUCCACAGCGAUAUCCCUUUGAUCCGCCGCAAAUGCGUUUCAUAACACCAAUUUACCAUCCGAAUAUUGAUGAAGCCGGUCGUAUUUGUGCAGAUAUAUUGAAGAUGCCUCCGGCAGGUAACUGGGUACCAGCAUUGAAUCUUUCAACCGUUUUAUUGGCGUUAUCGGGGCUGAUGAGUGAACCUAAUCCUGAAGACCCUUUAGAGAUGGAUAUAGCUGCUGAAUACAAGGAAAAUAUCGCUUUGUUUCGAUUAAAGGCUCAGGAGAUGACUCUAAAGUAUGCAAUAAAAGGAUCAAAUAACACGCCUGCUUCAUCAAGUUGCCAGACAUCUAGUUUACAAGCAACUGAUUCAGCAUCCUCCAAAAUUUCACACGCAACAACGACAUCAAUUACGCCACCUUCGAUAGGUCAAGACAGUAUCUUGGAACCAGCAAAUCUUCCUGUCAUCCGUUCCAAGAAAUUGGGAAAGCUUUCUUUGUCUAAACGGAAAACUGAGGAUAAUGGAAUUCCUAUCUCUGAAAGGGACCUGAAAGAGACGAAGGGCAGUACGGUGAACAUUAAGGAUCAAAAGACCACACCCACUACGUCGAAAUACUUCGAGAGUACAUCCAAAGCAGUAACAAUAACAUCCUCCAAUAACCUUGAAAUAGUCAACAAAUCCCUGAAUAGCGAUGGAGAAACUCUACAGCCAGUAACCACAAAUAACACAAUACCCUACAAUAAUCAAUCAGAUAACCGACUUGCAACCCAUCAUAUCGCACCAAGAAAUGUACUAGUGCAGGAUUGCAACACUCCGAACCCUAAUCAACCUCAGGCUUUGAAUCACUCUUCAGACGAAGUAUGCAGCGUAGAUAAUUUGUACACUAUACACUCGCCAAAUUCAAUCUGUACCACCACCCCACAACCUCCUCCCACGGCAAACCCAAACGUUUCUGCCAUAAAGGAUGACCCAAAUGAUACUAGUAUCAGCAAUCGGAUAGAGGUCGAUACAAAUACAAUCAUUCUUGAUCCGCCAGUCUCCAGGAAGCGAGCAUUGUUAAGCUUGGGAAAAAGUAAAAAGCUGAAAAUGUAGAAAUAAUUGCUGUAGCAGUAGCAGUAGGAGCUGUACAUAAAAUUUCAUUGUCAAUUGAAUUGACCUUACAAAUUCAAUUUACG